AUUUAGAAUAUCCUGAUUAUGUAAUCUGGCUUUGAUUACAAUGUCGGAUAGAGGUCAGUAAAAAUGGAUGAUAUAACUUUAGACGGGGUAUUUUUAUCCCACAUGAAGCCAAUAUUGCAUAAGUUAUUUCAACAGUUCGUAGUGCCAGCCAAUUUGAUUUACUUAAUUCAACAGCAGACGCCAAACAUAGUUACUGAGUCAGAUAAAUCCAGAAUUUUGGCGGAAGCGAAGAUGUGCGGAGACGUUCAAGCAGCGUCGAUGCUACUCGACACGGUAACAAAACACGUCGAUUGGUUCCAGUGCCUUGUGUCAGUCUUAGGGCAUCCAGAUGUUCAGCUGGGCCAUGUUGCUGAGAAAAUGAAAGAAAUAAAAGAAGUCUACAAAAAGGAGUUUCUUACAAAUAAGGCUUCGCAAAACCUAAAGGAUAGUUCAGGAUCAAUCUCGGAGACAGCACAUUUUAAAAGCAUGCUUGCAGAUUAUGAAAUCACAAAGUUAAAAGCAGAAAUUGAUACCUUAAAGAUUUCACUUCAGGCUCUAAAACGAGAAAACAGCCAACUUCGCUGUUUUCAAGAUCAAAUCAAUCAAGAGAAAGAUUUUAGUUUUAAUCUUGGAACUUACGGUGUAAAAACAAGGUUGAGCGAUGGCAUAGACAAUUUAGAAAAUGAAAAGAAUAUUAUCCCUAAGAAAAGGCUGUCGCUAUUGCAAAGAGAGCUAGAACGGAACAGAGCUCAAAUCGAUGGAUUAGCUAAGGAAAUGGAAACUUUACAAGAAGAAAACAGGUGCUUGUCACGUGAAAAAGAAAAAAUGCGCAAACGUAUAGCAGAAUUAGAAGAGAAAUUGAAGGACAUCGGCCACCCAUUGAAGGGCAGGUGUGAGAGAGAUCAAGGUAAAAAUAAAAGAAGCGCAGGAGUUUUUAACUUUCCUGAAGGUGAAAAGUAAUGAUGGUCUAAAGAUAAGAAGGAAACCCAACUUUGAUCCGCCCAACUCCACAACUAUGUGCCUGUUGAAACAUGUUUUCUUUGGUUUAGAGUGGCCGUGCAUGGGAAUAGGCCUACAGUAAGAAUCAUAUUAGACACAUUUAACCGUUUUUUUUUAAAUUCAAACCCAGUUUCCACGAUCAAUUACACUUCAUCAAUAGAAUUCAAGGUCGGUAGAAAGAAAUCAUGACAGACACCAUUAUACCUGACACUGCACUGUAUGAUGGUUUAUAUAUAUAUAUGUAAAUAUAGUUCAUUGACACCUACAAGUAGUAGUUGUAAAUCGUAUGAUGGUUUACACACACACACACACAUAUAUAUAUAUAUAUAUAUAUAUAUAUAUAUAUAUAUAUAUAUAUAUAUAUAUGUUACAUCGCAAAUUAAAACAUGUUUUUACAUCAGUCCUAUUAAUUGGAUGAUUAUUUUAUGUCAUUUGGAUAUUAUAGAUCUAUUGCUCCUCUUUUAUUCCAUCCGGGUAAUUUUUUUCGCCUAAUAACAGUGAAAUAAAAUACGGAUGAGACUUUUAUUGGACGCGCCUGAUUCAAUUUAGUGAACGAAUAUAAAACACCCAGCUUGUCCACAAACCGAAAGAUUUUAAUUUUAAUUAUUAAACAGUUCGUUCAGUGUAUAAAAUAAAUAAAAGAUUGCCUUUUAUCAAUCCUUGCUAACUAUAAUAUUCUAACAAUAAUGUCCUCUUAUACAUCCGCAUAAUUUGCAUUCACAUUUUGCUAAUUAUAUUAUUGCAAUAAUAAUUCUUUCUUGGAGGUCCGCAGAUUUUGCAUUCACAUUUUCUAUUAGCACGAGUUGAAUUUAUUUUUAAAUUACCUCCCUUGGAAAAUUACAAAACAAUUUAAUUAAUUAAUUUUUUUAUCCUAUUAUUAUUAAACUGUAUCCAAUGUUUCUAGGAAUCUAAACGAAAAUGAUAUUUGACAUUGAUCCGUUUAAUAUGUAUUAACAAUGUGCAUGUAUUAAAUAUUUUCUUAACGUUAUGCAAAUAUAAAAUAAAUUUAAGACAUUAUAUAAACAAACCCUACUCUAUAUUAUACUUAUAUUAAGACAAGUGAUGCAAGUAAAAAGCACGACAUGUGAUGUGUUUACUUUCAUGGUUCCAAAAUCUAUAGCGAUGACGGACUGAUACACUACCAGCCCGCUUAUAGUAUAGAUAUUUACAUGCGAAAUAUAUGUCUGAUUUAUUAAAUGCUGUAAAUAUUGGUAUUAAUAAAUACGCUUAAUUGAAUUUUAUGAAUUGAUAAAUGAAUUUUAUUUUUUUUAUUAAUAAAAUAAGACUAAUAGAUUAUUUAAUAUAUAGUUAAAUUGUACUAUAGAUCGACACAGUGGCGUAGCGAGGUCGGGUGUCACCCGGUGCGGCACUUAAUGGUGUCACCCCUUAGAGGCGUAGCGAACCUUCCCGUGGACAAACUUUCAAAUUUUCGAUUUU